AUGGCGCACAUGUUCGGCUCGAUGGGCGGCCUCGGCGGCAUCAUGGCCCGUCGAGCGUUCGCGCCCGCACAUGGAGGAAAUGCCAACCGGGCGCUGACAGAUACGCCGCCCACGUUCUCAGAAGUCGUGCGGGGCUUAUCGUGGACAUUCUGGGCUGCGUUCAUUGGCUACCUCGGUCUCGUAGCCCUCUUCCUCUUGGUCCGCGGCGGGCGCUCCCUUCCUGGCCCUUCGAGUACGGAAGAGAUUGAAGGUGUGGGCAAGGAGCCGGAAAAAGCUGGAGGUGUCUGGCACGGAUGGGGAAAGAAGUAUGGCCCGCUGUUCGGCUACACGUUCGGUUCUCGCUCUUUUGUUGUUGCGAACAACCUCAAGACUGCCAAGGAGCUACUAGAGAAUCGCGCGUCGAUAUACGCCUCCCGACCCCGCGCAGUCGUCUACCACGAGAUCAUAUCUGACACCCUCGACGGCGCUUCUGGACCACCAACCAAGCACUGGAGCAAAUGGCGCGCCGUACUGGAAGCCGUUCCGUCCUCUUCACCGCAGUUCGUGCAAGAAGCGGCGCACACGGCCAGGGAGUUGCUCGCGGGGAAGAGUGUAGAAGAGGCGGCGGAGAGAUAUGUUGCGAGUUGCAUUAGCGUGAGUGUGUACGGAGAGGACGCAAGGGUCAACGCACUGGACGAGCCCGUCUGGGAGGCGCACAAGGGCGCUCUGGAGGGUAUGCGCGAAGUCAGCAAACCUGGCCUGCGCGCAGUCGAAACCUGGCCCUUUCUCCAACACCUCCCACCCCAUCUUCAGCCUUACCUCCCACCCUUGCGCGCGCUCCGACUGGACGCCGAACAGACAUACCUCACCUCAGUUCUCUCGGCAGACUCCGAGACACCCGCUGUGGGAAAGGCGAAUGAAGUUGGUUUAGGCGAGAAGGAGACGGCGUGGGCGCUCGCGGCGCCGUUGCGCGAGGGUGUUGAGCCUACAGCUGCCUGGCUGCGCUGGUGUAUCGCUGCAUCUUUGAUUUUCCCCGCCCACCUCGAACCUAUCAUCGCGGAAACAUCCGCCCUCCCUCACCCACCAACACCUGCCGAUCUGUCCUCCCUUCCCCGUACCCGCGCAUUCGCGAACGAGUGUCUGCGGUACUGGCCAACCAGACCCGUCAUCGCUCGCGCGACGCUCAAAGAGGACACAUGGGUUGAUCGUGCGAGGAGUAGAGUGUACGAGAUAUCGAAGGGUGCCGGGGUCUACGUGAACGUUGAUGCUAUUGUGAAGGACGAGGCUUCAGUGGAGAGCGCUCGCGCUUUUGAUCCCGAGCGCAAUAUUGAGCCAUCUGAACUGGGAGUAUUCGGCCUCGGCGCACGGAAGUGCCCAGGUGCGAAGCUUGCGGAGACGAUCGUCGUGCUUGGCUUUGCGCGUAUACUGUACGCGGCGCAUGCAGCUAUCCCAUCUGGCGGUGCACCUCCGCUUGGGAAUGCGUUCGAAUGGUCCGGUACGGCGCGUGGGCCGGCGAAGUUUGAAGCAGUAUUCGAAGCGAGGGAAGAGGUUGCUGGCAUACUAAGGAAGGAGAGGGAGCAGUGGGCUGACGAGUGA